GAAGCCAAACAGACAAUGGAUCCAAAAAGUCAGAGAGUGAAGCUUAAUGAUGGCCACUUCAUUCCUGCCUUGGGAUUUGGCACCGGUGCACCUCCAGAGGUUCCUAAGAGUGAAGCUGUGGAGGUCACCAAAUUUGCUAUAGAGGCUGGGUUCCGACAUAUUGACAGUGCUCAUGCAUACCAAAAUGAAGAGCAGGUUGGCCAGGCCAUUCGAAGCAAGAUUGCUGAUGGCACUGUGAAGAGAGAAGACAUAUUCUACACUUCAAAGGUUUGGUCCACGUCCCUUCGUCCGGAGUUGGUCCGACCAGCGUUGGAAAAGUCACUGAAAGAUCUUCAACUGGACUAUGUCGAUCUCUACAUUAUUCAUCAACCAGUGGCUUUGAUGCCAGGGGAGGCAAUUUUCCCAACAGAUGAAAAUGGAAAACCGAUAUUUGACUCCGUGGAUCUCUGUCACACGUGGGAGGCCCUGGAGAAGUGUAAGGAUGCAGGGCUGACCAAGUCCAUCGGGGUGUCCAACUUCAACCACAAGCAGCUGGAGAAGAUCCUGAACAAGCCGGGGCUCAAGUAUAAGCCCGUCUGCAAUCAGGUGGAAUGUCACCCUUAUCUCAACCAGAGCAAACUGCUGGAGUUUUGCAAGUCACACGAUAUUGUCCUGGUUGCCUAUGGUGCUCUGGGAGCCCAACGAACAUUACAAUGGGUGAACCCAAACCUCCCCUUUCUCUUGGAGGACCCAGUUCUCUCUGCCAUUGCCAAAAAGCACAAGCAAACCCCAGCUCUAGUUGCCCUUCGCUACCAGAUACAACGUGGGGUUGUGGUUCUGGCCAAGAGUUACAACAGGAAGCGGAUAAAAGAGAACAUACAGGUGUUUGACUUUGAACUGACUCCAGAAGAGAUGAAAGCAAUCGAAGGCCUCAAUAGCAAUAUAAGAUACUAUGAUUUGCAACAUUUUGUCAAUCAUCCUGAGUAUCCAUAUUCUGAAGAAUAUUGACUGUGAGCUGUCCACCAUGCAUUCUACCAGAAC